UUAACACCGCAUUGUGAAAGACGUGUCCGCCAAAUUCGCUCCUCCAAUUUCCACUCUUUCCUCCCUCCGCCGGAUUAUCAGAGAGGGAAAAUGACCGACACACCGCCGUCGACGACGACGACAACGGAUCCUAUUCAUACUGAAGAUGAGAACAACAGCAACCAGGAGAUCGUCUCAGCUGUCUCCUCUUCCGAUAACCAUAUUUCAACUAUCGUUAUCAUCAUCGCGAUGCAGACGGAAGCACUUCCUCUUGUGGACACUUUUAAGCUAACGGAGGACCGAAAUUCUCCAUUCCCGAAAGGAACUCCUUGGGUCCGCUAUUAUGGUUCAUACAAAGGUCUGAGUGUAAAUAUCUUAUGGCCGGGAAAGGAUGCUGCUUUAGGAGUUGACAGUGUUGGUACUGUUUCUGCAUCUCUUGUGACUUAUGCUGCUAUUCAAGCUUUGCAUCCAGACCUUGUUAUAAAUGCUGGCACUUCUGGUGGCUUUAAAGCAAAAGGAGCUUGUAUUGGUGAUGUCUAUGUUGCAUCAGAAGUUGCUUUUCAUGAUAGAAGGAUACCAAUCCCAGUUUUUGAUCUGUAUGGAGUUGGUGUGCGGCAGGGUUUCUCAACACCAAAUUUGUUGAAGGAGCUCAACCUUAAGGUUGGCAAACUUUCAACUGGAGAUUCUUUGGAUAUGACCCCAUUGGAUGAAGCUUCCAUAGUUGCAAAUGAUGCAACUGUCAAAGACAUGGAGGGAGCUGCUGUUGCAUAUGUAGCAGAUCUCUUGAAAGUCCCUGCAAUAUUUGUGAAAGCCGUCACUGAUAUCAUUGAUGGAGAUAAACCGACUUCGGAGGAAUUUUUGCAAAAUUUGACAGCAGUGACAGUUGCACUCGACAAAACAGUUGCUCGAGUGGUUGAUUACAUCAGUGGAAAAUCCAUCUCAGAACUUUAAACCGUUGUUACCAUCCUGUUUUGAUGGAGGUAACAGCAAUUUUUUGCAAUACCUUUAAUGAAAUAUGAUUGAUUUGUGUAUUGAACAAAUGAUAUGUCUAUUACGUGUGCCUUAUGUAUGUUUGAGCUUAUUAUUAGUGUGUGUGCCCAUUGAUAUUCAAAACCUGUAUAAGAAUUGUCUUCAAUGAUGCAUUGUACAAAUCCAAAACAUGUAAAAGAUGCAAUUUUUUUACAAGUUUUGCAGUUCUUGCAA